AUGCGCCGCCGAGAGUCUGCGCGAGCGCGUGCGGACGACGAGGACGGCUCGUCGUCGCCGUCAGCGCUGCCGGAGGAGGACGAGGAUCUGCGCUCUGACUUUCUCGCGGACUUUGACGAGCAGACGUUUCUUGCACAGCUCGACCUGCUCAACCCGCGGGGGCCGCCUGCGCCGCCCGGCGCGACGGCCGCGCCGAUCGCAGAGGCGCCGCCGCCCGUGGCGCCGGCCGGCCACGGCGCCUAUGCACCGCCCUCGUCGGACUUUUACGGCACGGCCAUCCAGAUCCUGACGCACAUCCUCGGCAGCUCCACGCCGUACCCGUGGCUCGCCGACGGCCACACGCCACGCGCGGACGACGGCCCACCGCCCUGGGACCCGCUGCACUUUGCUGAUCUGACGUUCCCCGAGGACGAAGACGACGACCCGGACUUUCUGCCGCUCUCGCACGAGGCCGACGAGCUCGGAGCGCCCAGCGCCUCGGCGUGGUCGCGCGCGAUGGACGAGGUCGUUCCUACGCGUGCCAAGAGGCGCGACGCGGCAGCCGCGUCGCCGACCAAGCCGAAGCGGGGGCGUCCACGGCAGUAUACCGCGGAAGAGGCCAUGGCCCGGAAGCGAGGCCGCAAUCGCGACUACAUGGCGCGGCAGCGCGAGAAGAAGCAGGGCGAGGCGCCCAGCCUCCCGCCGGCGCCGGCGCCGGCGCCGGCCCCCGCCGCUGCGCCCGACGAGCGUCUCGUGCUCGAGGCCGAGAACCGGUUCUUGCGCACGGAGCUCGAGCGACUGCGCGAAGAAAAUGCGCGGCUGCGAGGCCGCGAGGAAAUGCGCGCGUACGCAGCGCGCCUCGGCCUCGACCCGCGCGCGCACGAAGCCAUGUCAUAG